AUGGCUCCGUUUCCUCCCCCACCGGUCAACACCAUUGACUGGUCCAAUGUCGGCUUCCGGGUGCGCGAAGUGAAUGGACACAUUGAAUCCCACUACUCUGUCAAGAUGGGCAAGUGGUCACCGCCGCAGUUCGUCACCGACCCCUUCAUCCGCAUCCAUGGCAUGGCGCCCGCUCUCAACUACGGCCAACAAGCCUACGAGGGCAUGAAGGCCAUGCGCACCCCGUCAGGCGAUAUCCAAAUCUUCCGCCCCGACCGCAACGCUGUCCGCAUGCAACACUCGGCCGAGUUCAUCUCGGUGCCCCCUGUCCCGACCGACCUGUUCCUCGAUGCCGUCAAGGCCGCCGUUUCGCUGAACGCCGGGUUCGUGCCCCCUCACGAGACCGGUGCCGCCAUGUACAUCCGACCCCAGAUCUACGGUUCCAGCGCGCAGCUGGGUCUGAACCCGCCCGAGGAGUACAUGUUCUGCGUCUACGUGAUGCCCACCGGUGUGUACCACGGCACGCACCCAGUCAACGCCCUGAUCUUGGAAGACUUCGAUCGCGCGGCGCCGAACGGGACUGGAAGCGCCAAGAUUGGUGGCAACUACGCGCCGGUGUUGCGGUGGAGUGACAAGGCUAGGAACGAGGGCUACGGGAUCACCCUCCACCUCGACAGCGCGACGCAUUCCGAGGUCGAUGAGUUCAGCACAAGUGGGUUCAUCGGCGCGGUCGUGAAAGGGGACGACGUAACGCUGGUGGUGCCGGACUCGAAGAACGUGAUCCAGAGCGUGACCGCGGACAGCAUCCUUGAUAUUGGAGAGAGUUUCGGUUGGAAGGUGGAGCGACGAUCUAUCAAAUACACGGAACUGCCCAAGUUAUCCGAGGUCAUGGCUGCUGGAACAGCCGCAGCACUUGUGCCAAUUCGGUCGAUCGAGCGACGACUUGACCCUGCCUCACCUCAAUCCAUUUCAUCGGCAGGAGGGGAUCAAUCUCGCUUCUCCGCUGGCAAGGAUAGCGAAAAGGUCACUUACAUAGCAGACGCGCAGGAAGAUGCCGGCCCCAUCUGCUUGCGGCUUUUGACUCAACUCAAGUCCAUCCAGCUCGGCAAAGUCAAGGAUGACUUCAAUUGGUGUGCUCCUGUUACUCGGGAAGAUGGCACCAAGGUGACUGGCGAGAACAAGGCGACAAACGGCAAUGGGCAGACUGUUGACCAGCUGGACUAG